AUGUCCACCCCAAUCAACAUAAAAUCCGUCGCUGCCUCUACCUCUCCUGUCACUUCCUCCAUCCAUGACCACUUUCGCAACCGUGCAAGAGAUUCAACCACUGACAUUCGACAGCCCAAGGUUUUGCAUCCGCUGGAAAACGAGGAUCUUAGGCUGUUGAUCCUCGAAAACAUCAGUCAGGAUGCUGUUGCUACUUUUAGAGGGCAGGGAUAUCACGUCGAUCAUUAUUCAAAAGCAAUGCCAGAGGACGAGCUUGUCGAGAAGAUCGGCUCAUAUCAUGGCAUUGGAAUCCGAAGCAAGACAAAAAUCACACAACGGGUACUUAAGGCUGCGUCCAAGUUGCUCGUCAUUGGAUGCUUCUGUAUCGGCACCAAUCAAGUCGACCUCUCAGCUGCUGCUAGAGCAGGAAUCCCUGUGUUCAACUCCCCCUUCUCCAAUUCUCGCUCUGUCGCAGAGCUCGUAAUGUCCGAACUUGUCGCGCUUUCCCGCCAGCUCUUUGAGAGAGCGUACGAAUUGCGAACAGGUAUCUGGAACAAGCAGUCGAAAGGCUGCUGGGAGAUUCGCGGGAAGACGUUAGGGAUUGUAGGCUAUGGCCACAUUGGGUCUCAGCUUUCGGUACUCGCGGAAGCGUUUGGCCUCCGUGUCCUCUUCCAUGAUGUUGUCAACAUCAUGCCGUUGGGUUCAGCGCGUCAGGUUGAUUCCCUGUCGACGCUACUAUCCGAGUCAGAUUUUGUAACACUUCACGUCCCCGAACUCCCCGAAACUAUCAACAUGAUAUCUGAACAACAAUUGGCUCAAAUGAAAAAGGGAUCAUAUCUCAUCAACAAUGCACGAGGCAAAGUCGUCGAUAUACCCGCCCUCGUUCGAUUCCUGCAGUCUGGUCAUCUGGCUGGCGCAGCUAUAGACGUCUUUCCAGCCGAGCCUGGGGCAAAUGGUGCACCAUUUGAUGACCAGCUAAAUUCAUGGGCUUCCACUCUGCGCGCCCUCAACAACGUAAUCCUCACACCCCAUAUCGGUGGUUCGACAGAGGAAGCACAGAAAAUGAUUGGGGAGGAGGUCUCUCAAGCCCUCUCUCGUUACCUGGGUUAUGGUUCAACCGUCGGGGCUGUUAAUUUCCCCGAAGUCGAUCUGCGCGCGAUCACUGCAGACCAUUUGACUCAAAUUCGUGUCUGUCAUGUGCACAAGAACCAGCCUGGUGUGCUGAAGCAGGUCAACGAUGCAUUGUCACCAUACAACGUCGAGAAGCAGUAUUCUGACUCCAAGGGCGAGGUGGCGUACCUCAUGGCUGACAUAGCGGAUGUCAGCCCAGCAGACAUGCUAAGAUUGAAGGAAAGGAUCAGUGGGACGGACGCCAAUAUUAUUACCAGAUUUUUGACUUAGAUUUCCCAUAAAAGCCGAAAUGGACGGUUCCUCCCGUUGUACUGACCACAUGUAUUCUACACCGGAUGCUCACUCAACUGUCCAUCCAUUGCCCAUUCAACUGGAUAUCCUAAACAUUUGUAUUACAGAAUGUACCAUGUUGUAUCAUUGUAAAGUCCCAUGCCAGUUUUUGGCUAGAAAAUAGGACAAUUACGUUUC